CGUGGCUUCAUUGAGGGAUCGCCAGGCCUCGUCCUAAUCUUUUUUGUUUUUUGCCCCCUCGCUUCUUCAUGAGUCUCAGCCCACCGUGGACUUCAUUCCUUUCUUCUUCAUUCAUCUUUCAUUCUCCUACUCUCUGUUUUAAUAUACUUUUACAAUGAAGUUGCACGCCCUCUCGUCGCCGUUCCUUCUAUUCCUUCUUCCAGCCAUCUCGACAGCCCUGGCCAACAACAGCGCCGCGGAUAUCGUCGAACGUGAACUUCCUGACUUCAAAGCAGGGCCCAAUGCGAUUGCAGCAGAUAUAGAUGGGCUCGGUGCCCCCAAGGCUGCUCCCAAAGGGACGCUGGACGCCCCGGUCGAUGGCAAGGACGGCAAACCACACGCGGGUCCGUGGGUGGAAACCAGUGCGGAGCGGGAUCGCAAGAAGACAAACACAAUCAACACAGUGGAGGGCAAAGAAUUGAAAUCAGAUAAAUCGGCUUCUUCUGGUCGCCUGGGAGCGGAUGGGAAGCCAAUUCCAAACUCGAAUGAUGGUGUCAUGGAUGACCCGUACAGGUCAGGUCCGAAAGAGGGCACUCGGGGUACCGAAGGCGGGGUGUCUGAGAAGAUCAAGGGGGAGCAAUCGCCUGGGGAGAAGCUUCCAGGUAGUCCAAAGGAGGCGCCGCCGUUGCCUCAUAGCGAGCAGAAGGUGACCACAUCCGGUGGGGAGACCACCGUAAAGAAUGGCAAGGGCUCGGAUGGUCAAUCGAACCUCGGAGUUCUCGAGAAACCCGCUGACUUGCCCGAGAAACCGCACGAUAUCCCGCAUCCUAAGUCCCCCGCUCAGGUCAAGGAUGACCCAGUUGGCCUUGAAAGCCCCGGUAAAUCGACCGGCGCUUCCUCCAAGACCACCAGCAAGCCAGACGUUUCACAGGAGGCGGUCGGUACACCUCUACACUCUCUCGUUUUCUCGUUCACUAUGAUCGUUGUCUCCGAAAUUGGCGACAAGACCUUUCUAGUGGCCGCUUUGAUGGCCAUGAGACAUCCACGCCUGCUCGUCUUCUCCGCAGCUUUCUCUGCCCUCAUCGGCAUGACCAUUCUCUCGGCAGUGCUGGGACACGCCGUGCCGACACUGAUUCCCAAGUCCUUCACCAAGUUCAUGGCAGCUAUUUUGUUCGUCGUUUUUGGUUUGAAAAUGCUCAAAGAGGGACGCGAAAUGUCACCGGAUGAGGGUGUAGGCGAGGAAAUGAAAGAAGUCGAAUUGGAACUGGAGGAGAAGGAGCAUGAGCAGAGGCGCAUGAAUCGCCGUCGCUCCUCGGUAACCCCCCAUGCAUUGGAAGCAGGCCGUAUUACCGAUCGCAAGUCCCGUUCGUCCAAGAACCGUCUCCCAUCGCCUCCGGAAAGCCUUUCGUCGUCGUCUUCGCGUGAAUCGUCCCCCAGUCCCGGCCGGAAAUGGAACGAUGCUCUUGUCGGAAUGAACAACCUUUUUUCGCUGCUCCUCAGUCCCGCGUGGGUUCAAACAUUUGCCAUGACCUUCCUUGGAGAGUGGGGUGACCGUAGUCAAAUCGCAACGAUUGCCAUGGCUGCCGGACAGGAUUAUUGGUACGUCACUGUUGGCGCGAUCACUGGACAUGGGCUCUGCACUGCGGCCGCAGUGAUUGGUGGAAGUGUUCUUGCUGGUAAGGUCAGCAUGCGAGUUGUGACCCUCGGUGGUGCAACGGCUUUCCUUAUCUUUGGGGUCAUAUACUUGAUAGAAGCCAUUUACUAGAAUGGCGCUUGCUUUAACUUGAUGGUUUUUUGGCGACUGGUGAAUAGUACUAUAGAGAUGCGGGUAAUUUCCAAUGUAAAUUGAUGAACCUUCGAC